AUGGCUGCCGUAAACAUCAAGGACUUGAAAGCGUGGGAUGCGGAGUUUGGCGACGAUCCGACCCAUAAGUUGGCGUCCACAGUGCUACAGCAACAAGCUGCUCAGGACCUCUUGAUUGGCUCAUCCUCCAAGUAUCCCAAUGUGUUCUCACAUGUGAUCGACCCUGAAGGCGCACCAAUCACCAAUCAGAAGUCCAGUGGCCGUUGCUGGCUGUUUGCCACAACAAACAUGCUUCGUCGUACCGUGGCGCAGAAGCUGGAGCUCAAGGAGUUCCAGCUGUCGCAGAGCUAUCUCUUCUUCUACGACAAGCUGGAGAAGUGCAACUACUUCCUGGAGAAGAUCAUCGACACCUGGGAGGAGGAUGUUGGUUCCAGACUUGUCCAGGCGUUGCUGCUGGACCCAACAUGUGAUGGUGGUCAGUUCACGAUGGUUCAGAACCUGCUGGAGAAGGUUGCCGUUGUUCCUCUGGACGUGUACCCAGAUGUGUUCACAUCCACCAGCUCAGCCAAGCUGAACGAGCUGCUCAAAUCCAAGCUUCGUGAGUUUGCUGAGGUGCUGAGAGACGCCAAAGCCAAAGGUGAAGAUGUUGUGCCUCUAAAGGAUCAAAUGGUUAAAGAGGUGUACAAGAUCAUGACCGUGUUCCUCGGGACGCCUCCAAAGCCUGACGAGGAGUUCACCUGGGAGUACUACGACAAGGAUAAGAAGUACCACAAGAUCACCUCGACUCCAGUGCAGUUCUAUAAGGAGUACGUUGACUUUGACUACGCCAAUGCCGUCUCGAUCAUCAACGACCCAAGAAACCCGUAUGAGACCAUGGUGAAGGUGAAGGACCUGAACAACGUUGCCGGUGGCCGUGAGGUGCUGUACUUGAACCUCUCCAACGAGGUGUUGACCUCGUUGGUUGUCAAGCGUAUCAAGUCCAACAAGCCUGUGUUCUUUGGCUCUCAUACGCCAAAGUACAUGCACCGCAAGAAGGGUAUCAUGGACAUUGAGUUCUUCAAGUACUCCGAAGCUCUUGGAUUCAAGCAGAACCAACCGAAGGCCUCGAGAGUGAAGUAUGGUGAGUCGUUGAUGACCCACGCGAUGUUGAUAACUGGAGUGAACAUUGGGGAGGACGGUAAGCCAAACAGAUACAGGGUUGAGAACUCAUGGGGCAAGGACAAUGGCUUUGAUGGGUAUUUCAUCAUGACCCAGGAGUACUUUGAGCAGUGGUGCUAUCAAAUUGUUGUUGAUAAAGACGAGAUUGAGGAGUAUGCUCAUCUGCUAGACACAACACCUAUUGAGUUGCCAUUGUGGGAUCCAAUGGGUGCAUUGGCGUGUGAUUGUUGA